UUUGUAAAGGUUUGAGGCCCCUAUACACUGUCAAUCAUGAUUGUACAAUAUUCAUGAUUGCGCAAGCAUAUCCUGUGUGAGUGGGCGUGAUUGAGUGUUUGCGCAGAUGAUUGAGAAAUUUCCGACACGGUUUGAUUUUGUAAGCUCAAGCAUAGUAGUUGCACCAUCAUGAGUUAUAGUCAGUGGCGAUGAUUGCGCCAAAAGCUCAGUCUUUCCUUGUUAACCAUGGCGAGCACACUGGACACUCAGGAAUUUUGGAGGGAGUUCAUCCAAGUAUACAGAGAUUUUCCUGCUUUGUGGAAAGUAAAAAGUGACGAGUACAAGAACAGAAGCUUAAAAAGUGAAUGCUACGUGAAAUUAAUUGACAAAAUCAGAGAAAUUGACCCAAAUGCCACUCGUGCCACAGUAACCAAGAAAAUAAAUAGUUUACGUUCCAACUAUCGUCGAGAACUGCAGGAGCCGUCCACAUCUGCCACAGAGUCACAGGAGGUAUAUUCUCAUACCUCAAAGAGGAAAAAGAAAUGUGAUAUGGAAAGUAAACGUUACGAAGCACUUUCCCUUGCUUGUGCACACCUUCAACAGAGUAACGACUCCAUUGAUACACUAGCAAGGAGCUGGGCUCAAGAAUUCUGGAAUGUGACUGCAGAACAGCAAAUAUAUGCAAGGAAGGCUAUUAAUGAUAUUCUCUUUGAGGCUCGUUUAGGCACAUUGCACAGACAUAGCGUGAAAAUUAAUGAAAAUGCUGAUGUUCACACUAGAUCUUCCACGCCUUUUUGUGAUCUUUCAUCCGAGAGCAAUUCAAAUACCAGUGGACUUAGCACUACUCAGGGGAAUAUUGUCACUAAUGCAGAUGUGGAAGGAGUGCGUGUUUACAGAACGGUGGCAGACCUUCUUAGUGAUCCCCAUUACAGCUUAUAAAAUAACAUACAUUAUGGCACAUUGGUGGUGGAAAUAAGUAUGUAGGCUUAUUGUUUAUUUUUCGUAAGCAAUCAAUCAAGUUCAUUUUCACAGUAGGCAAUUAACUUACGUAACAGGUCAAAGUUAGUAUAUAUAAAUUUUUUUCUCAAAUAGUCUUAAAACAAUGUUAUGAUACCCAAUAAAUCGUAUUUCUUUAAUCUGUACGUAAUUAACCUUACCUUAAUAUGCUCCUUCAAUACAGUGAUGAUGGCAUUACAGGUUUCCAUAACGAUACGACCAAGACUUUGUGGAGAGAUGGCAGUGGCGAACACAAGUUCCUGAAAUGUUUGUCCAGUAGCUAAGAAUCGUAGAGUACUGGAAAGCCUUUCACUGGGUGAAAUGGAAUCUCUCAGCUUAGUAUCCGUUUUCUGUAUCAGAGGCAUAGUCUUUUCUAGC